AUGUCAACUAACAACACCGCCGAGUACGAGGGUUUGCUUGCCGGUCUCAGGAUCGCGGUAGACCUCGGGGUCAGAAAGCUCAUCGUCAGGGGCGAUUCACAGCUUGUCGUUAGGCAGAUCAACAAAGAUUACCAAAGUCCGUUGAUGGAGGCUUACGUGGAUGAAGUGAGGAAACUGGAGGAGCGCUUUGACGGUAUACAGGCAGAGCAUGUCCCUCGGGCGGAGAACGACAUCGUAGACUACCUGUUAGAGCUUGCUGCCCUCAAGCUACCUGUGGAACCAGGUACUUUUGUGUUUCAGUUAACUCAACCAUCAAUCGAACCAUCCACCGGGCAGAACAAACGAAGGAAGCUGGGCCCCGACAAGUACUUCCCCACCGAGCUCCCCGGAGCCGCUGGCAAAGAUGUUGCCGCGGGUGCCGAUCAUGCCGCAGGACAACCGACUCCGGCAAGGCCUCAGGCCAUGGCCGUAGAGGCAGCCGCUCCCACGGCAGAAGAGAUGCCUUUGGUCCUUGCCGUCGAGCCACAGGCUCCGGGCACGUGA